AUGAAUAGAAUUAGCAGACUAAUCUUUAGUAAUACAUAGAAGUAAAAAAACUUAGAAUUUAAAUUGUUAGCCAUCACUGAAGUAAUUGACCAUAAAAUCAGUUUCCUAUUUUAAACUGGAUGGUAUUAACCUUUAAUAUCUAUGAAUGCCUUCAUAAUAGUAAAAAUAUGA